AUGAGAACCUCCGUAAUUAUUCUUGCUCCCGGGCUGCUCACUGCAGUCUACGCCACCGGCGGCGACCGAAAGCAUUUUCCUCUCCACUACAAACAUCCUGCGUGCGAUUAUGUAUGCAGCGGCAAUGAACCCCCGCUUGGCUGUCAAAACGUCACAGCACACCACUGUGCGUGCGGCCCCUUCGAGUACAACGGCUGCUACAACGACCCCCACGGCGGAAUCCUCCUCACCGAACGGAUGUCUGGUCGCCGCUUCGACGAAGAAAACAGGCAGGAGAGCUGUGCGCAGACGUGUUAUCGGUGGGAGUACUUUGCCAUAUCCGACGAGAUUUGUCAGUGUGGCGAUUACUUGCACAAAUGGGCGACCAAGGUCGAUGCCGUGCAGUGCAGAAUCCCGUGCGCGGGCAGUUUUACGCAGUUUUGUGCGCCGUUGGGGCUUUCGAUGGUUUAUAGGAAG